AUGGCGAUGGACAACAAGCCAACAUUGUGGAAAAAUCUACGCGCUGUAGUCAUAAACUAUGCAGAUCUCGGCUUUACUGCGUUUGGAGGCCCCCCCGUCCACUUUCACAUCCUGCACGAUAGAUUCGUCGACAAACUCGGUUGGAUAUCGGAGAAGAAUUGGCAGGAACUAUUUGCUGUAUCGCAAGCACUGCCUGGUCCUGCAUCCACCAAGAUGGCCUAUGCUAUCGCGCUCAACCACCUCGGGUUUAUACCUGCCCUGGUCGCGUUUACUCUCUGGUCUCUACCGGGCGCGCUGGGCAUGUACGGUCUUGGUCUUGGUAUCAGCCGCAUCAACGAAAGACUUCCGGACGCGGUCUACGCGUUAAUUACAGGACUCAACUGCGCUACUGUAGGCUUGAUCGCACUAGCGGGGAUGCAACUCAGCAUCCGCACGAUCACAGAUAGACUCUCGCGAGCUCUACUCAUCUUUAGUGCAUGCGCUGGGCUGUGCUACACGGCUCUCUGGUGGUUCCCGUUCUUGAUGGGUGUCUGUGCAGCCAUUGCAAUCCUCUGGGACUUUUGGCUUCGAAAGGCGAUUCAUCGACUUUCAGUUGCAUCCCAGAGAGUCCUUUCCAAGUUACGCAGAGGUCGGAGUGCAAGUGCCGAGCCCCAGCCCGAAGGCCAGGAUCCAGCCUCUAUAGAAAUGAGAGCAGCUGACGACCAAGCUUCUGUGCGCUCCAGAAGCGGCUCAGAAGAGAGCACGCCUCCUGCAUUCAAACUGGAUCUCACUCCAGGUCUCACCAUCAUCGGCGUCUUCUUUGUCGCUUUCGCCACUCUUAUGGGGCUGCGUGCCCAUUUUAAGAAUGUAGUAGCUCUCAAGUUCUUCAGUAACAUGGUUCUUGCGGGUAAGCGGGUCUAUGGACCUCCUUCUCCGGUGCAGGUGACCUGGUCUAAUCACACGCGACGACAGGUACAAUUAUAUUUGGAGGAGGACCGGUCGUGA